ACGGUGUGACAAGUAAUAGGAUGAGCGCUUAUGUUGAUCUACCUGAUCAUUUACAGGAACGGCUACGACAAAUGUCACAAAGAGUCCAACUGCCUCUUCCGGAGCCUCCAAAGCCGUCCUGUGGGUGGAAAUUUCCGGUUGCCAUUCCUUACAUUAGUCCGGCAGCAAAACAAUCUGUUUGCAAGGCACUUGACGAAGGAUUGAUCUCUUCAGCCACUCGACCUAUAAAAGAAUUUGAAGAUGAGUUAAUGAAAUAUUUCAACGUUUCUACUGUGAAGGCAUGCAACAGUGGCUACUCUGCUUUGGUUCUUUGCCUUCGAUUGGCUGGAAUCAAAACAGGAGACGAGGUUCUUGUACCAUCAUUGACCAUGGUGGCUGUUCCAAAUGCAGUCUCAACGGUAGGCGGUGAAUCUGUUUUCAUCGAUGUCGGCAGGGACUACAAUCCAACGGUUCAACAAAUUGAAAGUGUCAUUACUUCCAAGACUAAGGCUGUGCUUGUCACUCACACUUAUGGUGUGCCCGCCGAUCUAGAAGGAGCAAGACGAGUCUGCAACGAACGAAAUCUUAUCCUUAUUGAAGACAUCUCUGAGUGUAUUGGAACGUGGUACAAUGAAGUGAUCACUGGAACAAUCGGUGACUUUGCAGCUGCUAGUUUGUAUGCGAACAAACUCAUCACGUCUGGAGACGGUGGAUUCGUCUUGUCAAAGCACAGAGAAUGGAAUGGAAUUUCUUUACAAUAUCAAGUCGAUAGCCUUGCCAACCACGGGUUCGUCCCUAACUACCAUUUCGUGCAUUUUGAUCAGUCGGGCAAUUACAAAAUGGGCGGAUUGGCUGCAGCUCUGAUUACACCAGCAGUGAGAGAUAUACCCAAACUGCUAGCCCAUCGAACCCAAUUGGCCACUUGGUAUCGAAACUACUUGUCCGACAUUCCAGGCAUCACUCUAAUGCCAAAGUCUAGCUAUGGUCCUGAUGCACCCUGGGUGUUUGGCGUCGAGGUCAAAGACCGUAAACGACGUCAUGAUAUUCGCUGUGCAAUGGCAACGAAAGGGAUCGAAACUCGAGAUUUCUUCAUUCCACUUCAUCUGCAGCCAGCCUUCCAGAGGGGAGAAAUUCCUCCCAAUCUGCCACAGUCCGAGCAUCUGGGCGAGGUCGGUUUCUAUCUGCCCACGCACUUUCACUUAAACAAUCACGACGUCUUACAUAUUUGCAAUGUCCUUCGAGUUGCAUCAGGUGCAGAGGAGUUUCAAGGGGACACUUGACUUUCACUUUCGAGUUACAUUCAUAACUUUUGCAUACGGGACAGGCGUCGUGCCUGGUAUCUUGUUGCAUUUCAUAAGUACAAUUUUGUACUACUGAUACUUUG